GGCCCAAAGAUCUCUCCAAUAGUGCGCCGAAACGGAGCCGAAGAUACUUCUCUUUCUCUGUGAAGAUAGACUGCUGUUUAUUGCGUGUCAAGUGCGAGAUUGGCAUCGAGGAAUUGCGUAUGAAAGGUUGUCUAUCUGAGACUAUCUAUUUUGAGGAGGUUCUGAGAAACUUUUGUCUUCUUUUGAGAGUUCCUUGGGGAUAUAUGAAUUAGUGGGCAUAUACAAGAACGACCUACUCUUGGGGGCAGAUAGCUCCCAGCGCCCAUUAUAUUUUAUAUAGAGAUUUGAAAAGCUAACUCAUGUUUCCACUCCAUUUGAAUUACGAAGAUGUAUCACGUCAGGAUCUGCUGCUCAAACCGAAUCACGCCAACGUUAUGGAAGUUCCUGGAUCGUGUAAAAUAAGAGUAGUACCAAAGGCGGCACCUUCUGAUUUCAUAAUAAAAAAUGGAAAAUUUGCUAUGGAGAUUCCGUGCGGUCAAAAAUUAAUACAGAAAAUAAGGGCUUCGACAGGAAAGUCGUUUCGAUCCAAUCCAUUCUUGGGCUCAAAUAAGGGGUCUGUCAGUAACCUAGACCUAGCACGACAAAGCGCUCUCCGAGGGCAUGGAAUGUCUCAUUUUUUGUUCAGAAUCUCCACAGUAAUGUCUCUGUUAGAUUCUCCGGUCGAAAUACGGGAAAACUCCAUUCAAUUCUCGAUGGAAACGGAGUUUUGCGAAUUAUCCCCGGAACUGGGAGAGCAUUUCGAGAUCUUCGAACAUAUUCGAGGGUUCAACGCGACUAUUGUCACUUCGGCGAACACACAAGAUGAAACUUUACCACUGUGGAGCGGCUUUUUGAAAAAAGAGGAAAGAGUUCCUUGGGGAUAUACGAAUUAGUGAGCAUAUACAAGAACGACCUACUCUUUGGGGCAGGGGCAGAUAGCUCGCAGCUUGGGGCAGAUAGCUCCCAGCUUGUUGGGGCAGAUAGCUCGCAUCGCCCAUUCUAUUUUAUACUUAUGGAGCUAUGACUAUUAUAGCUCGCAGCUUGGGGCAGAUAG